AUGUCAGCACUCAUCCUUCGAGCGCUCUCUGCAUUGCUGGCGACCUGCGCUUGGCCGAGCCGGCGACGCCCCUCCCCGCCCCUCCCUGACAGCCACAACGACAACCACACCGACAACCACGCCGACAACCACGCCGACAACCACGCCGACAACCACACCGACAACCACACCGACAACCACGCCGACAACCACACCGACAACCACGCCGACAACCACGCCGACAACCACACCGACAACCACACCGACAACCACACCGACAACCACACCGACAACCACACCGACAACCACACCGACAACCACACCGACAACCACACCGACAACCACACCGACAACCACACCGACAACCACACCGACCCGCUACUCGACAGCAAUGCGUUUCCGCACCUCCUCGACGCGAUUAUUGCGGCCAGUGAGCCAUACGAACUCAUGGCCUUCCGACAAGUGAGCAAGGGCGCACGCUCUUGCGCCGACGCAGUUCUCUUCGCACACGUUGCCAUCGUCGCCCUCAAUAAUUACCCCUUGGUCGAGUAUUGGGCGCCGGACAUGCGUACCCGCCUCCCACUACAACCACGAAUGGACGCGGAAUGUAUCGACCACUCUGCCAAACUCACACACACACGAGCAUUGGACAUUUAUUUCGAUGGCCGUUGCUUCUCGGGGUAUUCAGCUAGGGUGUUCCGCCGCUACCAGUGGUGCGAGGGCCCCCCGUGGCCUGCCGCCACGCUCCUCAAGAACCCCGACAUUGUGCGACGCGCCGACGCGUCGAUGCCACAUCCACCCACGACAAUUCUGGUCGAUUACAUCGACUUGACGGCCCCGCUUUCCACAGGCAUGGAGUUCAUCCACGCUACCGGCGAGUGUACCGACUAUGUCCUUCAUCUGUCAUUUGCACAGCACAGCAACGUCGAACCCACCAGCCUGAGGCUGCGAGGCGCAAAGCGCUCCCACAAUAUCCGGAACAUCACCCUCAUCCUUUCCCCCCAAGGUGAAGCAUAUGGCGACUACAGCCGUCGCAAAGGAUGGGUGGACCGGUUCGACGUCCUCCUACCCUUAAUGCAAACCUUGGUGCCGUGGCUCGCUGGCGGGGCGAGGCUCACUAUUGUCGGUGCAGAACAAUGUCACCCCAUCUACAUCGGUCUGAUGGCUGGUACGACGCUCUAUCCAGGCCGCCAGCCACUCCACGAUCGAACGAUCCGAUGCCUCAGUGGUAUCAGUGAGAUGGGGGAAGGUAUUGCCAUCCCUCCAGUCUGGCAGGGCGCUCUGCGCUCUCGGGUGUAUGAGAUCCCGGUUGCAGAUGCGGAAUUUGGUAGUUCGGCUGACGAGAACUGGCAUUGGAACCGCAACGAGGUCGACCGCGCACACGAGGUCGCUGAGACCAUGCUUUUUGUGACGUUUGACGAGUGGCGGGCAGAGCAAGAUGGUGUUGUGGCCCAGUGGCGACCCGCGAAAUCUGUCUAA